AUGGCCCUGCUUCUUGCGAUAAUUUUAACAAUAGCUAACAAUUAUAAUAUCGUUAAGUCUUAUGGUCAGAAUUUUGACUACGAGUUCAAAAUCUUGGAGGAGAGGCCUGUUGGUUCGUUUGUGGGCGAGCUGAAUGAGUCCCAGUCACUUCGUCAUCACAACUUCAACAUUACUCCCAGCAUUCACAGCUCCUACUUCUUUCUGAAUGGCUCAAAAAUUUUAGUGAACAAGCAAAUAGAUCGCGAAAGUGUGUGCCACAAAAAACUAAGCGAUGACUGCCUGCUAACUGUCACACUCGUCGAAUCGCAGGGAGCUCUCAGCAUCAAACACAUCAAGAUCUUGGUGGAAGACAUCAAUGACAACAUUCCUACUUUCUCAACUAAUCAGGUGAUCCUAGAGAUUUCUGAAAGCGCUCAGAUAAGUUAG